UCUCUUCAGGAUGUUAUCCGCGCCACGUUGGUCUUCGUUUUCUCAUACAACGUAUAUUGCGGCCGCGCACGUUUCGCAGCUGACUGUAGCCUCAUUCCGGAUUCACAGGCUGGGCCUGCAGCGUGUGUGAAGGGCGCACUCUCGGUCGUUCUACGCAUGGCCGGUCGCGACAGCCUGAAGCGACCUCGAGGCAUACGCUGUGAUGCUCGUGCUCAAUCAUGUCUCCACCCGACCACCUAAACACUACGACGGAACAUUCAGACGGCUCGUUUGCGCUUCAACCUGUUGCCAUGAACCGGUCUCGCUUCUUCCUGGAGCCUGAGGUCGUGUUCCUCUGUGUCACCGAUGAAAGCAAGCGCGAAGGUCAUCUGUUCAGGGUUCACCGAUACUUCCUCGAGCGCGACUCGGAGCUGUUCCGCGGGAUGUUCGCGUGCCCGCCGACCGAGGCAAGCUCCGAGGGGCAGACAGAAGAGACGGCAAUCCGCCUGCCUGACGUGACACCCUUCGAACUGGAGUGUCUGCUGUCGUUUCUGUACGAAGGGAUGUACGAACGCGCGGUGUCGUUGGCGCAAUGGGUAGCCCUGCUGUCCGUCUCUUCGCGCCUGCUGUUCGACAAGAUCCGCGAACGCACGAUAUCGGUGAUCGAGACGCACGCGCCGGCGCUGGAGCCUGCCGAGCGGAUCGUUCUUGCGACGAAGCACGACAUCCCGCAAUGGCUGAAUCCCGCGUUCACGGAGCUCUGCACGCGGGCGGACCCACUCAGCGGGGACGAGGCCAACCAACUGGGGACGGAGCUCGCAGAGCGGGUGACACGGGCGAGGGAGAUGGUGCAGUUGCGCUCGGGGUGUGGCCAGCCAGGAGGCGUUGGCUUCUCGAAGGCAUUCGUGGGGUGUGGGUGCAAGGAUUGCAGACAGGCGCGGAGCGAGAGCGUUCGGGCAAGCUAUGUGGCUAUGGUCAAUAGCGUCAUCAAGGAGACGAUAUCUCUGGUAUUGUGACUCACUGACG